AUGAAAGCUGUCAACCAUGUGAAACCCAGGGCAGCCAGGGAUACCAGAUCAAAGAAAAUUACCUAUACAACUGCUAGUCCUGAAUUCAAAUUAGACCAGAGGAGAAGCUGUCACAUUGAAACUUUGUAUAUAAGUUUCAAAGAUCUGAAGUGGCAGGACUGGAUCAUAGCACCUGAAGGAUAUGCCGCCUACUAUUGUGCUGGGGAGUGCAAUUUUCCUCUCAAUGCGCAUAUGAAUGCCACGAAUCAUGCCAUAGUCCAGACACUGGUUCACCUGAUGUAUCCUUGGAGGUUUCCAAUACCCUGUUGUGCACCAACAAAACUCAGUUCCAUUUCAGUUCUAUAUUUCCUAGAUGAUCAAAAUGUGAUUCUUAAAAAGUAUAAAAAAAUGGUUGUGAAAAGUUGUGGAUGUCACUGAAAUUAAUGAGGCUUCUUAUUCUAUGUUGGAAUACUUUUGUACAUAAUAUA